AUGUCUAGCCAUAUCAAGUUUGCAGAGCCUAUCCAGAAGAAAGGUGGCAAUGGGCCUUUGAGAGGAAGGGAAAGUGCAGAAAAGGGGUCGACACAAAGAGCACCUUCUCCCGGAACUGAAAUCGUUUACCCGACAGGAUGGAGACUCGUGCUUACUACCAUAGGGCUCUUGAUUGGGUUCUUUCUCUCCAAUUUGGACGUGACGAUUGUAAGCUCGUCUCUGACGAGCAUGACAGAUGAUCUUAAAGGCUUUGAGAAAAGAAGUUGGAUCGUUACUGGAUACCUGGCUACUUAUACAGUGAGUGAUAUCAUUGGCAGAAAGCAUACUACAAUUGCUUCCCUUGUCAUCCUGCUUGCAUUUUCAAUUGGAUGUGGAUGUGCCCACACAAUCAACCAACUUAUAAUUCUUCGAGCACUCCAAGGAAUAGGAGGAGCUGGUGCAUACGCACUGGCACUGUUAUGCAUCUAUGAAAUAUCCCCUAAGACAAAGCUUCCGGGAUAUAGCGGUCUUAUGUCAUUCUGCCUCGCUCUUGCAUCUUUAAUAGGCCCAAUAAUCGGAGGCGCGUUUGCGCAAGACUCAGCCUGGAGAUGGACUUUUCUCAUCAAUGCUCCAUUAUGCGGUGUUGCAAUCAUUGUCAUCUUCAUUGCUAUGCCCACAAAUUUCGGUCUUGAUCAGCAUACUCCGUCGUUUAGAACGCGAGCGUCGUAUCACUCAUUUGCAAAUCUUGAUCUCACGGGCUCAGUCCUGCUGAUGGCGGGCUCGUUCUUGAUCGUUGCCGUCUUGAACGAGACGAAUCUAGCAUUUUCAUGGUCGUCCGGGGGAGCAAUUGCGCUCCUCGUGUUAACAGGCGUUUCCUGGAUUGCUUUCUUUGCCUGGGAGUGGUAUAUUUCAGGAAUUCCAGGCAAAGAUCCUAUAUUCCCCAAAAGAUGGCUAUUUGACCGACCAUGGAUGGGUAUUUUGACUUCUUCAUUCGUUAUCGGUGUACCAUGGAAUGUAGUCAUCGUCUACGUUCCGCAGCAAGCCCAGAUUCUUCUAAGCAAAUCACCGUUAGACUCUGGUAUCUAUUUGAUUGCAUACUCAGCUGUGGCAGCAUUUGCAGCGGGUAUUGUCAACAUCGCCAGUUCCAGGGGUCGCAUUCCGUUUGUCUAUACGCUGCUCGUGGGUUGUGUAGUUCACACUGUCGGCAUGGGACUCCUUUCAACCAUUACCACAUCACAUGGCUUCCAUGCCACGGAUAUUGUCUAUGAAGCUAUUGCAGGUGCAGGCAUGGGUAUAAUAAUGGGUGUCCUAGUGCUAUCCAUACCAUACGUAGUCGAGGACAGAGACCUUGCAAUCGCUACUGGCGCUGUCGUCCAAUUCCGAUUCCUUGGAGGGGCCAUUGGUCUUGCCAUUGCAUCCAAUAUCUUAAACGGUCGCUUGGCACAUCAUCUGAAGGGUGCUCUGACAAAUCACGAACUGCAUCUAUUCCUCGAGAACGUCAAAUCGAUAGACUAUCUUUCCCCGCAUCUACAGCACCAGGUAAAGGAUGUUUUCGCUGGCAGUUACAGCACGCAGCUGCGUGUCAUGAUUGGAUUUGCAGGUGCGCAGAUAUUUGCAAUUCUUCUGCUACUCAAGAAGGGCCGCCAGCUUGCAGCUGGAAAAGUACACCCAGGUAUUAGUUCUGGGUAA